AUGGCCUCGCCUCGUUUUCGCUUGGUUGCAGACCCAGCUUUGGGUGUGUCCGACUUGGAAGCUUGCCUGAAAGACUUCCACUCCGCCUGCACCGACUCGAAGAAGUCGUUGAACUUUGGCGAGUACCUCAAGCUUCCUCCCGGCUUGACCUGGAAGUCUGCUCCCAAUGCGGCACACUUGGCAAAGUUGAGCCCGCUGCUUUGCAAAUAUGCCGCAAUCGCUCCGAACGGAGUUUUGCCUUCAAAGAAGCAUAAGAUGGCACUCGAGUCAGUCCACAACUCCAUCGGCUUGCAGAAGUCGGAGAAGCGAAGCCUCCCGGACUUUCUGGACUUUUGCGACGAUACGAUUCGGAUGGCUCUCAGUCACUGUCGUUCUUUGAAGAAUGAUCUGGCGAAGGCCAGGCUCUUCAGGAAGGCCGACUCGAGCCAGCAGCGAGCCAUCGAGGAUGUGCUGUCUUUGUUGACGGGUGUGUCGGCAGAGGCAGUUGCAGAGGAGGCCGUUGAACGAGGCUCAGGCUCCCAGUCCUUGGCUCUGGUUGCAGAGGAGGCCGUUGAACGAGGCUCAGGCUCCCAGUCCUUGGCUCUGGUGCCACAGGGUGUGAGCACCAGCUCUUUGGAAGUGGAAGAGGUGAUCACUCCGGGUGCGAAGAAGCUGGCAGAGUCGCAGGGUCUUUGUUCCGAGCUCCAGCAGUUUCAGCAGGUGGAGCCUGCAGCUGUGUUCCAGAGUGUGCUUGGGAAGGAGGAUUGGGACGGGUCGCAGGGUGCCUGCUGUGGGGUGGAAGAGGUGAAGACUCCACAGAAGCAGCAGAAGCCUCAGACUGCGAAGCUCGCCGACGGGUCGCCCAAGCUCUUCUUGAAGGGCCUCUUGUCAAUCAAGAACAUUGAUGGGUCGGACAACGAACCUGUGCUUGGCCUCAUCUGCCUCUGCCUCGUUGCUCCGCCGAGCCUGAGUCCUGCACUUCUCGGCCUCUUCAUCCGCGCCGCUGGCCUCAUCUGCCUCUGCCGCGCUGGCAAUCAGAUCAUGGCACUCAGCCUCUGUUUUGGCGCGGCUGGCCUCAUCAUCGGCAGAGAUUCCGGAGUACUCCUCCUCUCAUUGCUCGUGGGAAUCAUGUAA